AUGAAUCCGCCAUCUUUUGCAGGGUUGUGCAAGCAAUUUGUGAAUCAAACUUGGUCGAAAAUUUGUAAAUUUUUUGAUUUCUUUGGAAUGGCUGCAAAAGCGCGAGCAGGAAAACUUGAAAGCACUAUAGAACAAUGCAGAAACGAAGGAAAGUGGCAAAAAUCUAUUGAACUAGCUGAAGAACUUCGUCAAUCAAGUCCAAAUCAUGAAGCACUUUCGAGUUUCCUCAUUGGCGAAGGAAAGCUUGAAAGCUUUCUCGAAACAAAUCCACCCAUUGAGUCAAACUUCUCACGUGCAAAAACAGGAUUAGCAGAUUCGAAACGAUUAUUAACAUCAGUUUGUGGUGAUGAAGGCCGUAAAGCUGGCCUCGCAUUAGAUUCACAUCUUCUUCUUGCGAAACUUUAUUACGCUUGUGGUGACUUCGACAAUAGUCUAGACCAUUUCAAACUAUCGGAAAUCGAUAAUCUGAAGCAUGAAAUUGUGUUAAGUUCAAGAACGUUGCGAAUUCUCGCGGAAUCUUACGCUGCAAAAGGUUUGUGUCUGGAAGCCAAAAAUCCAAAAGGCACUUCGAAAUUCAAGACAGCUGAACUCGAAGGAGAAAUGGUGGCGUGUUUUGAACGAGCAGCCGAUAUUGGAUUGCUUUAUCUACAAGGACAAGAAAAUACAACAAACAUGGGAGCAAUUCUCGAGACUGCUCUUCAACGUUCACCAAUUGUUCUAAUUAAAACAGGAAAUCUUCAAGGUGCCAUCGAAAGAUAUCGAUCAAUGUUAACAGCAGUAGAAACGAAAGCAACAACAAACCUUAGACUGACACUUGCAAGACAACUUGCUGAAGUGUUGCUACGUGGUGUGUCUGGAACUGUUUACACACCACCAACAAAUAACAAUCGCUUAAACUCAUCAAAUCAAACAAAGAAACUUUGGAUGCCUCGCAGAUAUUCAACAAGAAAUCAAUUCACUCCGAAGAAUCAACAUGAAGAAACUUUGCUUUUGCUUCUCAUUGCUGAAGCUCUUGCAAAUCGAGACGCUGUGUUGUCACAAAGUCCUGAAUUUCGAGUCGCUCGAGUGCAUGCACUUGGUAAUGCAACAGCUGUUUAUGACCUUUUAACGUUGGCAACAGUUCGAUGGAAUCAAAUGCCGUUUCUUCACGAUACAUUCGAGAAAGCUUUGAAAUUUGCAUUUAACGAGCAACAUGUGUGGCGGCAAUAUGCGUUGAGUUUAAUUUCAUUGGCUCGUCAUGCUCAAGCAUUAAACGCUCUUAAAGAGUCUUCAAAACUUUCACCUGGUGACACAAUUCAACUUCUAAUGUCAGCCAAAUUAUGCUACGAGCAUCUUGGACUUGUUCAUGAAGGUUUGCAAUUUUCAAGUGAAGCACUUCGGAAAGAAACGAAAGGAAUGCGUUCACGAGCGCAACUUUAUGUUGGGAUUGGAUUGCAAAAGAUUGCAGAAACGACAUCGCUGAAAUCGGAAAGUGAUAAUUACAAGAAGCAAGCGCUUGAUGCAUUUGAAAAAGCAGUUCAAUUGGAUCAAAAUGAUCAUCUUAAUGAAUAUUAUUUGGCUCUUCAGCACGCUCUUAAUUACAACAUAAGUGAAGCAAUGAUGCAUAUCAAAAUGGCGCUCACAUUAAGAGCUGAACAUCCUCACAGUCUUCAUCUCUUUGCUCUCCUUUUAACUGCUAAUCAUCGGCCAAAUGAAGCUUUAACAAUAAUCGAAGAUGCACUUGAUGAAUUUCCAGACAAUCUUAAUUUGAUGCAUGCUCGAGCGUAUCUCGAAUUAAAUCUGAAAGGAGCUGAAUCAUCUCUCAACACUUUACAGAAGAUGAUUAUGGUGUGGAAGGAACUAUACGAGUCACAAACUCAAACAAUGAAUGGAAGUGGGUACGAUACGCAUGACGAUCGACAUUCGGAGACGAAGAGUAUCGUGCAGUUUCAAUCAUCACAAAUUUCAGACAAAGAUUCAAAUUCCGUUCAUCCAGCAUCAUUAGCUGCUUCUCGAGUUGAACACGCAUUGUCAGAAGCAGCAAGUUCAUUGAGUUCAUUUUGCCCACGUCCAGGGCCACCAAAUGCUUGGACGAUUCAACUUCAAAUAUGGCUUCUAUUAGCUGACGUUUAUCUUGCGUCAGAUUUGCCAAUGGAAGCUGAACAUUGUGUUCAAGAAGCGACGUUGAUUAAUCCAUUGUCGCAUUAUGUGAUGUACAUGAGAGGAAAGCUUCAUGUUCACUUAUCUCAGUGGCUUGAAGCCAAGCAGUGCUUUCUUAAUGCUGUCUCAGCAAAUCCGCGUCAUCCUGAAGGUCUUAGAGCUUUAGGUGAAGCACAUUACCUGUUAGGAGAGCCACGUUUAGCUGAAAAAUAUUUGAAAGAUGCAGCGAAACUUGAUCCUGGAUGUCCAAAUAUUUGGUUCACACUCGGUAAAGUUAUGGAAAGUCUCGAAGAUUUCACUGCCUCAUCCGAUUGUAUGUCAACAGCAAUUCAACUUGAACCAUCAUUUCCUGUACUAUCAUUCAACUCUCUUAAUUCAGCAUUCGAUUAAUUAAAGACGAAAUAAAAAACAUUCCCAAGUGAGUUUUAAUGCUGGCCAUCAAUGAUAAAUAUUCUCCAUAGUCACAUGUUUUAUGUUAUUAAAUUUUAUUGUUUUAUUAAACGCGAAGGAAUUGAAGUCAUAAUUAAAUCGUAUUGGUGUAGAGUGAACAAUUAUUUGAACACUUCUGUCUACACCAACAUCAACCAAAGGUGUUUAACAAAACAUUUAUGAAUGUUGACAACUUGAAUUAAAAAAAAUAUAUGCGAAGAAUUUAAGUAUUUAAAAAUAUAAACAUUUAUUAGAGAGAUAAUAAUGUUAACUUACUACACCAUUUAAUAAAUCAUUUUAAAAAUAAAAAAAUCUCAAUGGACGGAAUAAUGUAAUAAUCAAAAAAAAAUUGAUUGCGUGUCUUUCAGUCACUUUAAUUUAUUAGUCACGCAUUACUUAUUAUUGUAUACUUGUAAUAAGCCAUUUUUGCGUGACUUGUUGCCUUUUUAAAGGCUUGAUAAGUUCGUUAAAAUAAAAAAGGGAAGAAAUUAUAAAAUUGAAAUAAUUUGCUAUUUUCAUUUGAUUGAACAUUUUUUGAGGCUCGUCGAUAAAUCGGUGAGUUUCUCAAGAAUUUCAGUGAUCUGCAAAUCCGUUGUUUCAUCUUUAUUCCAAGCUUCUUCUGCUUCAAUUUGAUGAUUUCGUUUAAAGAUGACCAUUCUUAAACUUUUACGUUUGUUGCUUGAUCGUCUAAGUGUGCUGUUGAUGAUUUUUGUGUGAUUAGACGAACUCUUAAAAGGAUUUUUCUUUGAUCUUUUUGAUUCGUAGAGAACAGAACCGAGAGCUGAAGGUCGAAUAGUGUUGAAAUAAUCAGCACACUUCGAUGGACAUUGAGAAGCAGUCGCAAUAUUCUUUUCAAUUUCGAUUGCUUUUUCUUCUUCACCAACAUCAAAAUUUGAAAGAUUUUUAAUAGCAUUUUGAAGUUUUCUGAUUGUGUUGUUUAAGAUACAGAAACGUUUCAAAAUUCUGCGCUCACGAUCUUCGAUAGGUUCGGGAAAGUUGAGAAUUGCUUCGCAUUCUGUUAGAAUAAGUUUGAAGUCGCUAAAGUAAAAUUUCGAGACUUUAUCUUGUGUCAAUUGAAGAUUCUUGCUGUUGACUUGGAAAUGAUCAAGCAAAAUUUUUGUUUGUUUAAUGAGCGUUUGAAGAGAAUUUUCAUCAAAAACUUUUCUGUUUGUUUCUAUUCCAACGUUCAACAAAUCUUGUAAAGUUCCACAAAAUGCUUUCGUGUCGAUGAUUUGUUGGACAUGAUGUUGAAGUUCUUUAACUUCUUCUUCAAAAUGAUCUUGAAGAAUAUCAAGAGAUGGAUCAGAUUUACUCAUCACUGCUGGAAUGAUGUAUGAGUCGAGAGACUCAAUUGAAGCGAGACAUGAACGAAUCAACGAUGAAAGUUUCAAGUCAUCACGACUGAAAGAAAUGGCAAAAUGUCCAAUUUGAAUUAAGCGAUCAAUUAGAAGAUCAAACUUUUCGAUUUCAACGUCAACAGUUGAAGAAUUUGAGGAAUUUUUAAGUCGCUCAAUUGUUUUUCCAUCCAUAACAUGGAAAACUUCGACAACUAAUCGAAGUAAUGAAUUAUUAAGAAAACUUUCAAGACUACAAAGUGACGUCUCAAGGUCCAUUGCUUUCAUUCUUUGAUCUGUUGCAUUCAACUUUUUUCCAGGUUGCGAUAAGGAAAAUUCUUCUUCAAAUUCCAUCGCAAUUUUCAAAACAUUUUGUGACAAAAUUGUUAAUGGAUUCUUAUCAGAAUGUAAAGCGAUGUUAGAGAAAGCCAGAGAAUGUGAGAGCAACCUUUCAAUGAUACUGCGAAGUUCACGACUCUCCAUCAUCAUUUCAGCUCGUCUUUCAGCUUUGUUUGUUAAAUUAUCAUUGCUGCCAUCAAGUGCAACGAAAGAUGAAAGAAUGUCCAAUGAACAAUCAAGCAAAGUCACAAAAUUAUCAGCUUCAACAACACUUGUUACGACAUGAUCAUUUGCACUCUUGAUCGUUGAUUUUAAUCGCGCUAUACACCAUAAGAUCCUCUCAAAGAAGCAUUGCCUUGAAGUUAUUAAACAUCCAACUUCCUUCUCCUUAUUCACAGUUUUCUCUAAAAACUUUAAACAAACAACGAUCUGUUGCGCACAUAAAAAGGAUUGCUCGAUUAUUGUUGUUCGGUUAGUCGGUGUUGUGAUAUCAAACAUCAAGAAUUUUUGUAAAAUUUGAAAUAGUUUUACAAACUGUGUUGAUAAUUGAUCCAACCAAUCAAGAUUUGUGUCACUUUCAAUCUUAUAUCCACCAUAAAGAAACUUUUGUAUUGCUUGAAUCUCUUCUAAUAGCUCUU